CCAGGCACUGUGCUGGAGCAAAGGAGAACAAUAAAGUGUUUUGGUACCACUUGAUUUAGAUAUAAGGAAGAAUUUUUUUUUACAGUGAGAGUGGAGAGACAGAGAAGCUGUGGCUGCUGGAAGUGUCCAAGGCUGGACAGGGCUGGGAGCAGCCUGGGGUAGUGGAAGGUGAAAUGUGGCAGGAGUAGGAUGAGGUGACCUUUAAAGCUCCCUCCCACUCCAAAGCACUCUGAGGGACCUGCUCCCACCGUGUCACCCUCUGAUGUCCCCUCUCGGCUCCAGGGCAGGGGAGGGCAUCUCCCAGGGGUGGGGAAGCUGCAGCCCUGGCACAUGGGGACAGCCCCCAGUGUUGGGGUGACCCUGCUGUGCCUCCCCCUGCCCUGCCUGGUCCUGCUGCAGCCCUGGCACAUGGGGACAGCCCCCAGUGUUGGGGUGACCCUGCUGUGCCUCCCCCUGCCCUGCCUGGUCCUGCUGCAGCCCUGGCACAUGGGGACAGCCCCCAGUGUUGGGGUGACCCUGCUGUGCCUCCCCCUGCCCUGCCUGGUCCUGCUGCAGCCCUGGCACAUGGGGACAGCCCCCAGUGUUGGGGUGACCCUGCUGUGCCUCCCCCUGCCCUGCCUGGUCCUGCUGCAGCCCUGGCACAUGGGGACAGCCCCCAGUGUUGGGGUGACCCUGCUGUGCCUCCCCCUGCCCUGCCUGGUCCUGCUGCAGCCCUGGCACAUGGGGACAGCCCCCAGUGUUGGGGUGACCCUGCUGUGCCUCCCCCUGCCCUGCCUGGUCCUGCUGCAGCCCUGGCACAUGGGGACAGCCCCCAGUGUUGGGGUGACCCUGCUGUGCCUCCCCCUGCCCUGCCUGGUCCUGCUGCAGCCCUGGCACAUGGGGACAGCCCCCAGUGUUGGGGUGACCCUGCUGUGCCUCCCCCUGCCCUGCCUGGUCCUGCUGCAGCCCUGGCACAUGGGGACAGCCCCCAGUGUUGGGGUGACCCUGCUGUGCCUCCCCCUGCCCUGCCUGGUCCUGCUGCAGCCCUGGCACAUGGGGACAGCCCCCAGUGUUGGGGUGACCCUGCUGUGCCUCCCCCUGCCCUGCCUGGUCCUGCUGCAGCCCUGGCACAUGGGGACAGCCCCCAGUGUUGGGGUGACCCUGCUGUGCCUCCCCCUGCCCUGCCUGGUCCUGCUGCAGCCCUGGCACAUGGGGACAGCCCCCAGUGUUGGGGUGACCCUGCUGUGCCUCCCCCUGCCCUGCCUGGUCCUGCUGCAGCCCUGGCACAUGGGGACAGCCCCCAGUGUUGGGGUGACCCUGCUGUGCCUCCCCCUGCCCUGCCUGGUCCUGCUGCAGCCCUGGCACAUGGGGACAGCCCCCAGUGUUGGGGUGACCCUGCUGUGCCUCCCCCUGCCCUGCCUGGUCCUGCUGCAGCCCUGGCACAUGGGGACAGCCCCCAGUGUUGGGGUGACCCUGCUGUGCCUCCCCCUGCCCUGCCUGGUCCUGCUGCAGCCCUGGCACAUGGGGACAGCCCCCAGUGUUGGGGUGACCCUGCUGUGCCUCCCCCUGCCCUGCCUGGUCCUGCUGCAGCCCUGGCACAUGGGGACAGCCCCCAGUGUUGGGUGACCCUGCUGUGCCUCCCGCUGCCCUGCCUGGUCCUGCUGCAGCCUGCCAGGACUCAUCCUCCAGCCCAGCCUCCCACAGCCUCCAGCCCUGCACAGGAACCACUCACAGGAUGGACAAGCCUCUGCAGGUCCCUGCUCAGCCUAAACCCCUGAAAAUCAGGAGAAAAUUCCCCAGAGCACUGUGCAAGGGCGCCCUAAUCCUGGGGAAAUAGUGGGACCCCAGAUUCCUGCACACCUUUGGGGAAGGGGAACAGGAAAAACAUAAAAAAGACAGUAAAAAGUGACAUUGUGCUGUGGAGGGACACAGUUUGCUGUGCUGUCUGAGUUUGCUGUGUGACAGGGACAACCCAGGGCGCCUGGUGGCACCUGGCAGCCAGCAAGGGACAGGAAAUAAUGGGGAAGAAGGAUCCCAUCCUCCAGAGAAAAUAAUGCCUUGAAACUGUGAGGGGAGGCUGAGGGUGGGUGUAAGGGAAAGGUUCUUCUCCCAGAGGGUCAGGCACGGCAUCAGGGAAAGGGUCACAGCCUCAAACCUCCCAGAGCUCAGGAAAUAUUUGGAUGCUCUCAAGGACAUGAUGGCAUUUUUGGGGUGUCCUGUGCAGCACCAGGAGUAGGAUUCCAUGAUCCUGCUGGGUCUCUUCCACCUCAGGAUAUUCCAUGAAAACAGCUGGGUUUAGAUAUGGCCCAGUGGUUGAUCUUCCAACAUCUGAAACCUUCAUGGAAAGCCAAAAGAUCAUCCCUGAGCUGGCAAACAUGGUAGAAACAUUAAAAGCCAAUUAAAAGCUGCAGCCUUCAUGGGGCAGGGUCUCUGUGUCCCACCACAGUCCUGCUCCCAGUGCUGCCCUUCGUAAGGUGUGAGUGAAGGGUCUGGCAGCAUUUCCACGGCAAACCAAAAUCAGGAUUUAUUCCUUGGCUGGAAAGAUUGGCUCGAGCUGAGUGUUUGGCAGGAAGGACCACGACCAGCAGUGCAUUUCCUCCAGACCUGAAUCCCUCUGGGAUGCAGGCAGGGAUGCAGACAGGGAAGUGGUUUGAAGAGGUUUGAAGCAGCUUGAAGCGAUUGGAAGCAGUUUGAAGCAGUUCAAAGCAGUUUGAGGCAGUUUUAAGCGGUCUGAAGAGGUUUUCAGCGGUCGGAGGCGAUUUGGAGCAGUUUGAAGCGCUUUUAAGUGAUCUGAAGCGAUUUUAAGUGUUUUGAAGCAGUUUGAAUCGUUUUGAUGCGAUUUGAAGCGACUUGAACCCAUUUGAAGCGUUUUGAAGUGGUUUGAAUAGUUUUGAAGCGAUUUCAACCCAUUUGAAGCAGUUUGACGCUAUUUUAAGCAGUUUGAACCAUUUGGAAGCAUUUUGAAGUGUUCUGAAACCAUUUGAAGCAGUUUGAAGCGGGUUUAAGCAGUUUGAACCAUUCUGAAUCGUUUUGAAGCCUUUUGAACACAUUUGAAGAAGUUUGAAGCGUUUUGAAGCGAUUUGAACCCAUUUGGAACAGUCUGAAGCGGUUUUAAGCAGUUUGAAGCGUUUUGAACCCAUUUGAAGCAGUUUUAAGCAGUUUGAAGCGUUUUGAAGCGAUUUGAACCCAUUUGGAGCAGUCUGAAGCAGUUUUAAGCAGUUUGAAGCGUUUUGAAGCGAUUUGAACCCAUUUGGAGCAGUCUGAAGCAGUUUUAAGCAGUUUGAAGCGUUUUGAAGCGAUUUGAACCCAUUUGGAGCAGUCUGAAGCAGUUUUAAGCAGUUUGAAGCGUUUUGAAGCGAUUUGAACCCAUUUGGAGCAGUCUGAAGCAGUUUUAAGCAGUUUGAAGCGUUUUGAAGCGAUUUGAACCCAUUUGGAGCAGUCUGAAGCAGUUUUAAGCAGUUUGAAGCGUUUUGAAGCGAUUUGAACCCAUUUGGAGCAGUCUGAAGCAGUUUUAAGCAGUUUGAAGCGUUUUGAAGCGAUUUGAACCCAUUUGGAGCAGUCUGAAGCAGUUUUAAGCAGUUUGAAGCGUUUUGAAGCGAUUUGAACCCAUUUGGAGCAGUCUGAAGCAGUUUUAAGCAGUUUGAAGCGUUUUGAAGCGAUUUGAACCCAUUUGGAGCAGUCUGAAGCAGUUUUAAGCAGUUUGAAGCGUUUUGAAGCGAUUUGAACCCAUUUGGAGCAGUCUGAAGCAGUUUUAAGCAGUUUGAAGCGUUUUGAAGCGUUUUGAACCCAUUUGAAGCAGUUUUAAGCAGUUUGAAGCGUUUUGAAGCGAUUUGAACCCAUUUGGAGCAGUCUGAAGCAGUUUUAAGCAGUUUGAAGCGUUUUGAAGCGAUUUGAACCCAUUUGGAGCAGUCUGAAGCAGUUUUAAGCAGUUUGAAGCGUUUUGAAGCGAUUUGAACCCAUUUGGAGCAGUCUGAAGCAGUUUUAAGCAGUUUGAAGCGUUUUGAAGCGAUUUGAACCCAUUUGGAGCAGUCUGAAGCAGUUUUAAGCAGUUUGAAGCGUUUUGAAGCGAUUUGAACCCAUUUGGAGCAGUCUGAAGCAGUUUUAAGCAGUUUGAAGCGUUUUGAAGCGAUUUGAACCCAUUUGGAGCAGUCUGAAGCAGUUUUAAGCAGUUUGAAGCGUUUUGAAGCGUUUUGAACCCAUUUGAAGCAGUUUUAAGCAGUUUGAAGCGUUUUGAAGCGAUUUGAACCCAUUUGGAGCAGUCUGAAGCAGUUUUAAGCAGUUUGAAGCGUUUUGAAGCGAUUUGAACCCAUUUGGAGCAGUCUGAAGCAGUUUUAAGCAGUUUGAAGCGUUUUGAAGCGAUUUGAACCCAUUUGGAGCAGUCUGAAGCAGUUUUAAGCAGUUUGAAGCGUUUUGAAGCGAUUUGAACCCAUUUGGAGCAGUCUGAAGCAGUUUUAAGCAGUUUGAAGCGUUUUGAAGCGAUUUGAACCCAUUUGGAGCAGUCUGAAGCAGUUUUAAGCAGUUUGAAGCGUUUUGAAGCGAUUUGAACCCAUUUGGAGCAGUCUGAAGCAGUUUUAAGCAGUUUGAAGCGUUUUGAAGCGUUUUGAACCCAUUUGAAGCAGUUUUAAGCAGUUUGAAGCGUUUUGAAGCGAUUUGAACCCAUUUG